AUGAAACCAAGUGCUUUCGCAGAAGCAACUGGUCCGGAUUUGCCUGAUGAUAUUGAGACACCGACAGACGUAUUCUUGCAUUUGUUUCCAGAAGAUUUGAUCACCCACAUUACAUUCCAAAUCAACCUUUACGCAUUUCAGAGACAUGGUGAAGGAAGAAAUUUCAAACCAACAACUGCAAAGGAGAUUAAAAUCUUUUUGGGAGUUAAUCUCCUUAUGGGUUUGAAAAAACUACCAAGCUUCAAAGAUUACUGGUCUUCUCAGGAAGAAAUGAGAGAUCCUUUUAUUAGUUCCGUUAUUAGUAGAGAUAGAUUUGCUUGGUUGCUGAGUAAUAUUCACCUUAAUGAUAACGCAGUUCAACCACAAAAAGGUGAACAAAACUACGACAAGCUAUAUAAGGUAAGACCUCUACUCUCUAAGCUUCAAGAAACAUUUAUGUCGUCCAUGAAGCCUAGCGAGUUUCAAUCCGUGGACGAGAGCAUGAUAAGAUUCAAAGGGCGUAGUAGCUUCCGCCAAUACAUGCCAAUGAAACCUAUCAAACGAGGCUACAAAGUUUGGGUUCGAGCGGAUUCAACAGGAUACAAGUGCGAAUUCCAAAUUUAUACUGGCAAGGCUGAUCAAGUGCAAAAUCUUAAAGAAGAAGAAAAGCAUGCCACACUUUUAUUUGAUGAAAUGGCUAUUACACCCGACUUGCAAUUUGAUUCUUCAACUAAGACAUGUAUCGGAAGACCAACGAUGUCCAGUUCAUCUGGAAACAAUACAAAAUAA